CAGCGGAAAGUAGAGACAGAUCGUAGGGGCAAAGAUGAGAGGUGGCCCAGACAGGGCUGGAUCACCUGUCACCAGGGGGUAUGUGUGGUCCAGAGUCGAGAGUGAAGACCGCUCAACCAGACUCCGGCACCCAAAUGCACACAUUUGAACACUUUCAAAAACUUGAGCUGCACUUGAUUUCAGUUGCCUGGUAAAAUGGAACCAAUGAAUAGAAUCAUCCCAAAAGUGCAAACUCCAAGCUAAAUCAAGGACGCCAGAAAUAAAAUACUAUGCAUGCUACAUACUGUAUAGUGUAUCUAGCUGUGGUUGAGCUGCUCUAAAUGCUGUCUCCUCAGGGCCUGGGUCACUCUGUGAAAUACAAUGGAAAUGUUCCCUGAGGGGAUCAGGGCAAAGCUGGGUGAACCUUUCUACUACAACACACACACAUGCAUGCACACGCACACGCAUGCACACCUCAGUCAUGAAUUAGAUACUCUUCUUAACCUCAGCCCUCACGUCCCAGAAAGUUUCUUCAGAAAGCUGUUAUUUUGGUUGAGUUUUUAAUUUGAUGUUCAUUUCAUGUUUAUCAUGUUAAUUAUCUUCAUCCAAAUGGUUGUUAAUUCUGUAUCUCGUUAGGAUGGCCUCAUUCCUUUCAUUUGCUCAAAGAGGAGUAUGCUAGGUUUUGCUUGCUUGUCAUUAUCUCUAAUUGAUGCUUGGAGUAUGCCUAGUCUGAGUGCCAGAGACUACAGCAUCACAUUGAAACACACUAAAUAGAAAAGACAGGAUGCUCUCUCAUGUUAUUUUAAGUAAGGGAUGAAACAUGUGGCCUCUAUAUAUACAUGUACAGUAUGUCCAUACAUGUUGAAUAAGCCCUCUGGUAUGGUACUCAACAAAGAUGCUGGCAAGAGUAAGAAUCAAAUGUGUUUGUGGAUAAAAAUAGAGCUGGUGAAUGAGUCUCAGCUGUACUAUGAAACCAUUCCACUCCUCUACCACUUCUAGCACAGAGCCCUUAUUCAACACCCUGUCCCCACUCUCUCACCAACAAAGAUCACCUCAACACCUCACCCAUCUACCUCUAGUUAUUCAACUCCCCCCACUCCUACCAAAACUCUCCACUUCCUCCAUAUACCCUCUCUCAAACUCCCCCUUACACACAACACCCCCCUUCCGUCUCAUUCUGUGAGAUAUGAGGAGAGGUCCAGAUGGUUUGAGGACGUGUGUUGGAAACCAGCUUGGACAAGUUAAUGACAAUACUCCUUUAAUGUCUGUAGGACAUGUUUGGAGUUUGGGUUUUGGCAGCAGCAUCAGACACACAUUCCCAUACUAUACUCUACUGUAGCUCCCAAAAUAGUGAGCGCCAGAUAAUGAGUGUGUGGUGUGAAAAAUUAAAGUUUAUUAGCUAAGGAUAUCAUAUAUCAGGGAGAAAAACACAAAAUAUACAGUUAUAUGAAUGCAUGUUAGGCAUAUUAGCUUAAUUUCAGAACAUUCUAUGCGUUGGGUUAGCUGUGAUCAGUGGUUCUCAACUGGUUUUGCCUCGGGACCCAAAUUAAACCAGGUUGUCUCAGUCGCGACACAAUAUUUGCAUCACAACAAAAAUUUACCAAAAUGCAAUCUGAAAAACUAUUUUUAAUACUAUAUUGAUUGUAAUUGUAGCAAUUAUGACAAAGGAAACAAUUCAAGUUUACCCAUAUCCACUAAAUAGCGCUGCUAAUAGCUCUAUAUUGAAAAUACUGUGAUUGAAGAAAAAUAGUUCAGAAAUAAAAUUAUUGAGUCACUUUCUACCGCUAUCUACCUGGUUUUAGUCAUUUAUGUUCAGGCGGGAGUAUUUUUUCAAUUGAAAACAAAUCAACAAAAACACUGUGACUCAUUAAAAAUCUCCCGGGUCAUGACCCACCAGUUGAGAAUUGCUGCUUUAGAGACUGUGGAUUCCCAUUAGAGAUGGAGUGGUAGCUGUGCUGUGGGAGGCUGACUGUGCUCAAGCUGUGACAUAUUUCUCUUACUCCAUUACUCCUCUAGCUGUUCACUGGCUGUGGAUAUGAUAGUAUAAUGUAUGCGCGUCUCCAUCUCUCCCCCUCCCUCUUUCUCUCUUUUCAUCUCCAUCUCGCUCUGUCUCUCUCUUUCUCUCUCUAAUUAAAAUGCAUUGCCCCUGCAGCAGGAUGGUUUCUGUAUAAAGCAUCUGGGACAUACGGGUCAAGGCCUGCCUGCUUCAUCUUAACCCUUAUAUAAGACAGCCAACAAAAGUACAGGAGGGGAUCUGGAACAAACUCUGCAGGCUAAUGCUGUUUACAUUGGGUUGCACAGAUUUCAGGCUAUUAAGAAAACAAAUGUUUAUUUUGAUGCUUGGAAGUGGGUAAAAUCGAGGCACCAUUUUGAAGCCACACUAUGUGCUAUUUAAGUGGUCACCAACCUUUUCUGAGUCAAGAUCACAUCCGCAGUCAAAAAGUAAGCCGAGAUCUACCACAGAUUUUUUUUUAAACGUAACAUUGACCUCUAUGGGAUUGGUGUCCCGUAUAUGGGACGGUUGAGUUAACGUGCGUUAAUGUGAUUAGCAUGACUGUUAUAAGUAACAGCAAACUUUCCAGGACAUAGACAUGUCUUAUAUGGGCAGAAAGCUUAAAUUAUUGUUAAUCUAACUGCACUGUCCAAUUUACAGUACCUAUUACAGUGAAAAAAUACCAUGCUAUUGUUUGAGGAGAAUGCACAACAACAAAAAAACGUAUCAUGGCGACUGGUUUGAUACAUUCACCUCUGAAGGUAAAUAAUGUACUUACAUUCAGUAAUCUUGCUCUGAUUUGUCAUCCUAAGGGUCCCAUAGAUAAAAUGUAGCAUAGUUUUGUUUAAGGAAUACAUGGAAUAGUAUAAAGUAAUCCUUCUUCCCCCACCCCCCAUAAAAAAAGAAAAAUAAAUAAAUAAAAAAUAAGUGGUUGUCCCACUGGCUAUCAUAAGUUGAAUGCACUAAUUUGUAAGUCGCUCUGGAUAAGAGCGUCUGCUAAAUGAUGUAAAUGUAAAUGAUCAAAUCCAUUUUUAUAUUCAAAUGUAGGAACUGGGUUCUACAGUUUGAACCCCUGCUGUCUCUAGCACCACACCCACCCCGCCUGGCCAUCUAGAUGUGUGAAAGGUAGUAUAUAAGCUAAUGAUCCAUAUAAAAAAUAUAAAAAUAAAUGAUUUAACCUUUAUUUAACCAGGUAAGCCAGUUGACAACAAGUUCUCAUUUACAACUGCGACCUGGCCAAGAUAAAGCAAAGCAGUGCGAUAAAAACAACAACAACACAGAGUUACAUAUGGAAUAAACAAAACGUACAGUCAAUAACACAAUAGAAAAUCUAUAUACAGUGUGUGCAAAUGUAGUAAGUUAUGGAGGUAAGGCAAUAAAUAGGCCAUAGUGCAAAAUAAUUACAAUUCAGUAUUAACACUGGAGUGAUAGAUGUGCAGAAGAGGGUGUGCAAAUAGAGAUACUGGGGUGCAAAUGAGCAAAAUAAAUAACAAUGUAAAUAACAAUAUGGGGAUGAGGUAGUUGGGUGGGCUAAUUACAGCUGUGUACAGGUGCAGUGAUCGGUAAGCUGCUCUGACAACUGAUGCUUAAAGUUAGUGAGGGAGAUAAGUGUCUCCAGCUUCAGAGAUUUUUGCAGUUUGUUUCAGUCAUUGGCAGCAGAGAACUGGAAGGAAUGGCGGCCAAAGGAGGUGUUGGCUUUGGGGAUGACCAGUGAGAUAUACCUGCUGGAAUGCAUACUACGGGUGGGUGUUGCUAUGGUGACCAAUGAUCUAAGAUAAGGCGGAGAUUUGCCUAGAAGUGAUUUAUAGAUGACCUGGAGCCAGUGGAUUUGGCGACGAAUAUGUAGUGAGGGCCAGCCAACGAGAGCGUACAGGUCACAAUGGUGGGUAGUACAGUGGGGGAAAAAAGUAUUUAGUCAGCCACCAAUUGUGCAAGUUCUCCCACUUAAAAAGAUGAGAGAGGCCUGUAAUUUUCAUCAUAGGUACACGUCAACUAUGACAGACAAAUUGAGAAAAGAAAAUCCAGAAAAUCACAUUGUAGGAUUUUUAAUGAAUUUAUUUGCAAAUUAUGGUGGAAAAUAAGUAUUUGGUCACCUACAAACAAGCAAGAUUUCUGGCUCUCACAGACCAGUAACUUCUUCUUUAAGAGGCUCCUCUGUCCUCCACUCGUUACCUGUAUUAAUGGCACCUGUUUGAAUUUGUUAUCAGUAUAAAAGACACCUGUCCACCACCUCAAACAGUCACACUCCAAACUCCACUAUGGCCAAGACCAAAGAGCUGUCAAAGGACACCAGAAACAAAAUUGUAGACCUGCACCAGGCUGGGAAGACUGAAUCUGCAAUAGGUAAGCAGCUUGGUUUGAAGAAAUCAACUGUGGGAGCAAUUAUUAGGAAAUGGAAGACAUACAAGACCACUGAUAAUCUCCCUCGAUCUGGGGCUCCACGCAAGAUCUCACCCCGUGGGGUCAAAAUGAUGACAAGAACGGUGAGCAAAAAUCCCAGAACCACACGGGGGGACCUAGUGAAUGACCUGCAGAGAGCUGGGACCAAAGUAACAAAGCCUACCAUCAGUAACACACUACGCCGCCAGGGACUCAAAUCCUGCAGUGCUAGACGUGUCCCCCUGCUUAAGCCAGUACAUGUCCAGGCCCGUCUGAAGUUUGCUAGAGUGCAUCCAGAAGAGGAUUGGGAGAAAGUCAUAUGGUCAGAUGAAACCAAAAUAUAACUUUUUGGUAAAAACUCAACUUGUCGUGUUUGGAGUACAAAGAAUGCUGAGUUGCAUCCAAAGAACACCAUACCUACUGUGAAGCAUGGGAGUGAAAACAUCAUACUUUGGGGCUGUUUUUCUGCAAAGGGACCAGGACGACUGAUCCGUGUAAAGGAAAAAUGAAUGGGGCCAUGUAUCGUGAGAUUUUGAGUGAAAACCUCCUUCCAUCAGCAAGGGCAUUGAAGAUGAAACGUGGCUGGGUCUUUCAGCAUGACAAUGAUCCCAAACACACCGCCCGGGCAACGAAGGAGUGGCUUCGUAAGAAGCAUUUCAAGGUCCUGGAGUGGCCUAGCCAGUCUCCAGAUCUCAACCCCAUAGAAAAUCUUUGGAGGGAGUUGAAAGUCCGUGUUGCCCAGCGACAGCCCCAAAACAUCACUGCUCUAGAGGAGAUCUGCAUGGAGGAAUGGGCCAAAAUACCAGCAACAGUGUGUGAAAACCUUGUGAAGACUUACAGAAAACGUUUGACCUGUGUCAUUGCCAACAAAGGUAUAUAACAAAGUAUUGAGAAACUUUUGAUAUUGACCAAAUACUUAUUUUCCACCAUAAUUUGCAAAUAAAUUCAUUAAAAAUCCUACAAUGUGAUUUUCUGGAAUAUUUUUUCUCAUUUUGUCUGUCAUAGUUGACGUGUACCUAUGAUGAAAAUUACAGGCCUCUCUCAUAUUUUUAAGUGGGAGAACUUGCACAAUUGGUGGCUGACUAAAUACUUUUUUUCCCCACUGUAUAUGGGGCUUUUGUGACAAAACGGAUGGCACUGUGAUAGACUACAUCCAAUUUGCUGAGUAGAGUGUUAGAAGCUAUUUUGUAAAUGACAUCGCCGAAGUCAAGGAUCGGUAGGAUAGUCAGUUUUACAAGGGCAUGUUUAGCAGCAUGAGUAAAGGAGGCUUUGUUGCGUAAUUGGAAGCCGAUUCUAGAUUUAACUUUGGAUCAGACCCGCCGAGAGUAGUGAUUCUAGUCAGGCAGGCGGGUGCAAGCAGCGUUCGAUUGAAGAGCAUGCAUUUAGUUUUACUAGCGUUUAAGAGCAGUUGGAGGCCACGGAAGGAGUGUUGUAUGGCAUUGAAGCUUGUUUGGAGGUUUGUUAACACAGUGUCCAAUGAAAGGCCAGUUGUAUACAAAAUGGUGUCAUCUGCGUAGAGGUGGAUCUGAGAGUCACCAGCAGCAAGAGUGACAUCAUUGAUAUACACAGAGAAUAGAGUCGGCCCGAGAAUUGAACCCUGUGGCACCCCCAUAGAGACUGCCAGAGGUCCAGACAACAGGCCCUCCGAUUUGACACAUUGAACUCUAUCUGAGAAUUAGUUGGUGAACCAGGCGAGGCAGUCAUUUGAGAAACCAAGGCUAUUUAGUCUGCCAAUAAGAAUGCGGUGAUUGACAGAUUCAAAAGCCUUGGCCAGGUCAAUGAAGACGGCUGCACAGUAUUGUCUUUUAUCGAUCCCGGUUAUUAUAUCGUUUAGGACCAUCAUAUAUGACAUUCAUGGGAGUGUGUAAACUUACAUUUUGCAUUACCAUAUCAUUGUUGUAUGUUCUCUACAGUUAUGUACUUGAAAAUGUAUCAAUUGACCAAUUCGGCACAUUGCAAUGCUUCACUGGAUCAAUCUGAAACUUUGCACACACACUGCUGCCAUCUAUUGGCCAAAAUCUAAAUUGCGCCUAAACUGCAAUAUUACAUUGUCUUGAACACACUUUCUUUCUCUUGCAUUUCAAAGCUGAUGGAACACAUUUUUUAAAAUAGAAAACACGUGUUUUUUUUGUAUUAUCUUUUAACAGAUCUAAUGUGUUAUAUUCUCCUACAUUAAUUUCACAUUUCCACAAACUUCAAAGUGUUUCCUUUCAAAUGGUAUCAGGAAUAUGCAUAUCCUUGCUUCAUGUCCUGAGCUUCAGGCAGUUAGAUUUGGGUAUGUCAUUUUAGGCGAAAAUUGAAAAACAGGGUCCGAUCCUUAAGGGGUUAAGCAUGAAUUAAUAUUGAUUCAAAACAAUUCUGUAGGAAUGAGGUUUGUGCAGUAGCCCUAAUACAUUAUCAUUGGCUAUAUGCCUGGCCUGUCAAUAUUGUCCUUCUCAGACCAUAUUAUAUUUCAAAACUCAAACUUUGAUAAUUAAAUAGAUCAGUUGGUGUAACACUUGCGAAGCACAGCUGAACAUAAAUUGAAAUAAUUUGCUUGUUUAUCUUACUGGACUGACAGUACUUGCAUCUGACGGUCAUGGUGCUUUCAAGACAACUGGGAACUCGGACAAACAAGGUUAAAUCAUGACGUCAGUGAACUUCAGGUCGGAAAGUCGGAGCUCUAGAAAGAUGCCAAAGUUUCCGAGUUGGAUGACCAUUCAAAAAGAUUUUUCCCAGUUGGUUUCGUUUUUUUCAGAGUUCCCAAUUGUCUUGAACACACUGAAGUCGGAAGUCGGAGAUUUCCGAGUUGUUUUGAGCAUGGCAUUAGUCUCAGCGGAGGGAAGUUGAAAGCAGCAGAGGGUCUACCUCUCACCGUCCCUACUCUCUCCUUCCUUUCCUCCGGUGAGACUGACCAGAGAGAGGGGAAGAGUCGCAAUGCAUCUGCCUCAGGCACAAAUUAACGUUGUUCCUAUGACCAAAGAGCUGAUAAUAAUAAUAAAAACACAGGGCUAUUGAUACACUUGACUACUCAUUCAUUGCAGCUGCAGCGCGAGUGGAAGUAAGUAAUAUAUUGAAUAAAAACAGUGUUGGCAGUUUUGAAUAAAACAGCAGCUCGUUGCUGUACACUUUGACAGUCUCUCUUGGUCAUGAUUUUAAAAGUUAUUAAAUCUCACGUAGGCUAGUGUCAAACGUUGCUGUGGCGGGGGUCGUGGAAGCUGUAGGUAGGCACCGUGGUUUGAGCAAUCCGAUUGGCCAGCGCAGUAGGCACACUCGAUUUAUUCACAGAUCUCCUGGUCCACCAGGUAGGCGGAGUUUGUAUUUUCAGACAAAUGAAAUGGUUCAAAAUGGGAACAAUUUGCCUACCCGGUGCGCAGGGCUUCUGAAUCAAGUGCACCUACCGUUAACAGCGCAACACGAAAAAAAAGGAGCGCAAGCCUUUACGCCUUUAUCUUUGGCUUUUCUACAGAAAUGUUUGGUGAUCGACUUGGAAUGCCUUGAAGAUCGACCGGUUGGCGAACACUGUGCUAUUUGUUGGUUAACAUAACAUGGUAAUAUGAUCUACACAAUGGUGAUCGAAUUAUAAAAUGAAAUCAUCAUCAGUUUCACGUAUGGAGAACAGACAGCUGGACAUGUCCGCUCUCCAUGUAUCACAGACAUCACUUUACGUUAGUGGUGGGGAGUUGAGCACCCCUGCAGCUGAUGCUAACUAUACAAGCAUAGGAAGUAUCAUAUUAAAGAGCAGCGAUUCGGAAAGCAUUAGUGUUGGUCCAAAUAUCUAAUUAUUAUACUUCCUUAUACUGCAUAGCCUAGUCCUAGUGCACAACUUCAGUGUACAGCCAUUUAGCUGUCUUAAAGCCAAAUGGCAUCGGGCUUUCAGACAGCUACUGACUCCAAACAUACAGUAUGUUCGAUAUACAGUACCAGUCAAAAGUUUGGACACACCUACUCAUUCAAGGGUUUUCCUUUAUUUUUACUAUGUUCUACAUUGUAGAAUAAUAGUGAAGACAUCAAAACUAUGAAAUAACACAUAUGGAAUCAUGGAGUAACCCAAAAAGUGUUAAACAAAUCAAAAUAUAUUUUAUAUUUGAGAUUCUUCAAAUAGCCACCCUUUGCCUUGAUGACAGCUUUGCACACUCUUGGCAUUCUCUCAACCAGCAUCAUGAGGUAGUCACCUGGAAUGCAUUUCAAUUAACAGGUGUGCCUUGUUAAAAGUUAAUUUGUGGAAUUUCUUUCCUUAAUGCGUUUGAGCCAAUCAAUUGUGUUGUGACAAGGUAGGGGUGGUAUACAGAAGAUAGCCCUAUUUGGUAAAAGACCGUCCAUAUUAUGGCAAGAACAGCUCAAAUAAGCAAAGAGAAACGACAGUCCAUCAUUACUUUAAGACAUGAAGGUCAGUCAAUCCGGAAAAUUUCAAGAACUUUUAAAGUUUCUUCAAGUGCAGUCGCAAAAACCAUCAAGCACUAUGAUGAAACUGGCUCUCAUGAGGACCACCACAGGAAAGGAAGACCCAGAGUUACCUCUGCUGCAGAGGAUAAGUUCAUUAGAGUUACUAGCCUCAGAAAUUGCAGCCCAAAUAAAUGCUUCACAGAGUUCAAGUAACAGACACAAAUCAACAUCAACUGUUCAGAGGAGACUGCGUGAAUCAGGCCUUCAUGGUCGAAUUGGUGCAAAGAAACCACUACUAAAAGACACCAAUAAGAAGAAGAGACUUGCUUGGGCCAAGAAACAAAAGCAAUGGACAUUAGACCGGUGGAAAUCUGUCCUUUGGUCUGAUGAGUCCAAAUGUGAGAUUUUUGGUUCCAACCGCGUUGUCUUUGUGAGACACAGAGUAGGUGAAUGGAUGAUCUCUGCAUAUGUGGUUCCCACUGUGAAGCAUGGAGGAGGAGGUGUGAUGGUGUGGGGCUGCUUUGCUGGUGACACUGUCAGUGAUUUAUUUAGAAUUCAAGGCACACUUAACCAGCAUGGCUACCACAGCAUUCUGCAGCGAUACGCCAUCCCAUCUGGUUUACGCUUAGUGGGACUAUCAUUUGUUUUUCAACAGGACAAUGACCCAACACACCUCCAGGCUGUGUAAGUGCUAUUUUGACCAAGAAGGAGAGUGAUGGAGUGCUGCAUCAGAUGACCUGGCCUCCACAAUCCCCCGACCUCAACCCAAUUGAGAUGGUUUGGGAUGAGUUGGACCGCAGAGUGAAGGACAAGCAGCCAACAAGUGUUCAGCAUAUGUGGGAACUCCUUCAAGACUGUUUGGAAAAGCAUUCCAGGUGAAGCUGGUUGAGAGAAGGCCAAGAGUGUGCAAAGCUGUCAUCAAGGCAAAGGGUGGCUACUUUGAAGAAUCUCAAAUAUAAAAUAUAAAACACUUUUUUGGUUACUACACGAUUUGAUAUGUGUUAUUUCAUAGUUUUGAUGUCUUCACUAUUAUUCUACUAUGUAGAAAAUUGUAAAAAUGAAGAAAAACCCUGGAAUGAGUAGGUGUGUCCAAACUUUUGACUGGUACUGUAGAUCUACAGUGCCUACAUAACAUGAGGAAUAGGGAAUUAGUGCACCAUUCGUGACAGAGCCAUAUGCCUCUGAACCAAAAGUAGUGCAAAAUGGUGGAAAAUGAAUAAUUUGAGACAAAGACCAAAUCUCAAAUGACUAUCUAUUCCCCAUAACUUGCUGUGUAUACUUUCUGACUGUAAGCUAAACAUAUGGCUCUGGUCCAAUGGUGUGCAGUACAGGAUGUGCCAUAGGGAGCCAUGUUAUAUGCUUCCUUAGCCUGUCUGUCUGUUCCAUUUACCCAUGACUGAUAUCACAAUGUGUUGAGAUGCUUCACAGAGCAUCCAGGUGAUCCUUCUGAUCCCUGACUCUUCGAAUUAACAAAGUACACAGUAUUCACACAUGAUGCUUAACUUGUGAGGUUUCUGGGUGUAUUUCACAGGCAGUAAGUAUUAACAUGUGAUGGUUAGCCUAACUAGUUAAGAUGUUCCAGAGCUUGUGUGUAGAGCACUUGGAUUGGCUCACCUAGCAAGUUCCCGUGCAAGCUGGAUUAAGUGUGCCUAGUGUUUACAUGAGAUGGUUAAGUAGUUGUAGUGAUGGUCCAGAGCAUGUGUGAAUACAUCAAUACAUCAAAUCUUUAUGAGGGUUGAGUAGUUGUGAUGUUUCUGGAUGUGUACAAUAUGUACAUAUUCCACACACAGUGUUUACAUACAGUACUGUAUGUAACACAUGAGGUUGGUGGCACCUUAAUUGGGGAGGACGGGCUAGUGGUAAUGGCUGGAGCAGAAUGGGUGGAAUGGUAUCAAAUACAUCAAACACAUGGUUUCCAUGUGUUUGAUGCCAUUCCAUUCGCUCCGUUCCAGCCGUUCCAGCCAUUCCAGCCGUCCUCCCCUCAGCUGCUUCCACUGGUAUGUAAUGAUAAGUAGUUGUGAUGUAUGAAAGCAUGUGUGUAUUUCAAGGUCCAGUUGACAUUAACCCACUACUAUACAUUGGGGCGUGGUGAAUAAACAUCAUGUCAGUAGGCUUUAUGAUGACUGCUGAUCCGUGACGGUACAUACUAUAACCCAGCUGUCUGUGACCAGGAGCUACAGAGGCAUGAAGUGAUGAUGGGAGGAAAUGUAGGUAAUGGAGUGCCAGAUACACCUACUGGGUUCACCUACUGUGCUAUAUUAUGAGGACUAAGUACACUAUUGAACAAAAUGCAAAUGUGGGAUUAGCUACAUUUAGUGAGGAAUGCCUGAAGGAAGAGAAAACAACUCAGGGAGGGAGGGAGAGGGAGAGGGAGAGGGAGAGGGAGAGGGAGAGAGAGAGAGAGAGAGAGGGAGAGAUUCUUUCUGGCUGGGUCCUUACACUGUAGCCUUUAUCUGAAGGUAGCAGAUGAAGUCUAAGAGGAGAAACCAUGGAGGUAGAAAGAGUUUCAGGAUUAAACCAUGGAGGUAGAAAGAGUUUCAGGAUUAAACCAUGGAAGUAGAAAGAGUUUCAGGAUUAAACCAUGGAGGUAGAAAGAGUUUCAGGAUUAAACCAUGGAGGUAGAAAGAGUUUCAGGAUUAAACCAUGGAAUUAUUUAUCUAACUCCUUCAGGUCAUUGACCUUAUUUACUCUCCUGGCAAAUGUACUUGGUUACUUGCUCCCAAGUGAACUCUGAAGUGUAUACUUGGUUACUUGCGCUCUAGCAGAAUAUGUAGCAUGUACUGUGAACAGAUGUAGGAUCUUAAUUUGAUCACUCUUCUGUUGCUGAGAAUGUUCCUACUUCGCAGGAAAUACAGAUGAGCUUUGUGCUUGGUUAUAUGAACAGUAUUACACUUUUUAUGUAGCCUACUUUUGGCCAGAUAACCUAACUACUGAUCAAGCAACAUUAUGGACUAAACUUUCAAAUCCUGUUGUUGAAGGAUUUUUUUGCUGUGACAAUAUAGGUCAAAGUAAGAUCCUACAUCUGUACUUGCUUGUUUAGACCCCCCCCCCCUGUUGAGUUCCUCUUAUCUCAAUGGCCCAGUAACAGCAGUACAAAGUAUAAAUCAAAUGGCUGUGUAGCAGAGGCAGCCGCUGGCACCUUAAUUGGGGAGGACGGGCUCAUAGUAAUGGCUGGAAUGGAAUCAAUGGAAUGGUAUCGUAUGCAUCAAACACAUGGUAUCCAUGUUUUUUAUACCAUUCCAUUUACUUCAUUCCAGCAAUUUUUAUGAGCCGUCCUCCCCUCAGCAGCCUCCUGUGCUGUGUAGAGACAGCAGUAAUCAUAUUGAGAACAGAGCAGGCACCUCACAGAGACAGGGAAGUGGAUCAGGAGUGCUAUCUGCUGUAGUAAACAGCUUGCUAAAUUGCUGUGGAUGGCAGGACUAGAUUGUACUUUUUAUCGCUGACACUGUGGCAUGUAAGGAGAGGUGUCUGUCUCUCUCACUCUUCUUUCUCUCUACCCAUUUUGCUCUCUCUCUCCAUCUCUCUCUUCUCUCAUUUUAGUAUCCGCAGGGUUCUGCCCUCUCUUUUUUGUCAUCAGAGUUUAGCGAUGAACACUUAGCACCACAUAGAGAAAGAGUCUGUUAUUGGAGGAGUGGAGAAUGGGAUGGGAUAUUCAGUCACGGUUAGCAAUCAUUUUUCCAGAUUCCUGGGAGUCAUUGGGAAGACUGUGCUGUGAGUUAAGUUAAAUCAGAUUCUGAAGUUAUAUAGCCCCACAUAAUGUUCUCUGAUAUCAGAAUGUGCUCUUAUGCUCUGACAGUGAAUUUAGAAUCACACUGCUGGGUGUUGGGCCUGCUGUGUUGGCAGAUAUUAACCUUUACUAUUGGAUACAGUGAGAGAAAGGUACAGGCUGUUUAAGAGAUGUCAAAGUUCUUUCCUGGCUCUGUAAUCAGUGCUGAUUGGGAGAACAUCUCCCUGACUGAAAGCCAAUCUGAUUUGUCUCCUACUGUUAGGUAAACAGUGGUUGUGUGUGUGUGUGUGUGACAUGUAAGUACAUAUGUAGGAUCUUAAUUUGAUCACUCUUUUGUUGCAGAGAAUUUUCCUGCACAGCAGGACAUGCAAACUUGUAGUGUAUCCAAGGUUUAAAAAGGGUUCUAAAGUUUCUAAUUUCCACUUUAAAAUGUCAGAAUUGAUUUGCCCUUACGAAAAAUGUAUCAACCCCUACAAAUAAUGUCCAUUCAUUAUAAUCCAGAUAAUAAUUCAAAUUUCUUGUUGCUGCAGGAUUAUUUUCCUGCUGUAACAUACUGGCUCAAAUUAAGAUCCUAUAUCUGCAUCUCUGCGCGUGUGCGUGGCACGGCGUGCGUGUGUAUGUGUGCGUGUGUGACACCUGUGUGUGUUCUGUCCCAUAUCUGUCAGUUCUCUUUUGCUGGUUCAUCUGUUUCUGUGUGCGUACCGCAUUACUAUGGAGAGGGCUUCUCGUUGCUAUGAAAUCGGUUCCCAUGGUAAUGACAUUAGAAUGACCGGUGUGUGUGUCAUAUUGAUCCCCCCGAUUAGAUUUUACCCCCGAACCCGUGUUGUGAAUUAAACUGAGCUGGAGACUAGGCAGCCUGAAAUCUCACCAGAAAUGUAACACUAGAGGGAUUGUUUUGUGGCCAAUUCUCGUCUGAUCUUUACAUUUGGCAGUGCUGUGCCCUCAAUCAUGGUUUCUAACCUUUACCCAUACUCCUAAACUCAAAAAACCCUAACCACCUUGCUAACAUGCUUCAACCUCUCACACUUACUUGUAAGCAUCGGUAAUGUUUUGCGAAUUUAUGAAUGGUAGCCUCUCUCAGACUGUGCGAUUAAAUUGUUACAGUUUCUUGUGAGAUCAAGUUGGGACUUGGGAUGCAGACAUAUGCCGGCAAACACACCCUCUCACCUGCACAUCGUCUCUGCAGAGACUUACAAGCCUGAUUCCCACUAUAGGGCCAAACCUAGCCAAUCCGAGCUGUACUGGGCUGGCCUGGUUACACAUCCACCACUGUUGCUGGAACCAUGCUGGAAAGGACAGUGUGAAAAGAUAAUAUCCGAGCCAGCAGGGUACGGUUCUGGACGGCUCUAUAGUGUGAAUCCGGCAUCACUUCUCUGUUGUUAUUAUCUCUCACUCUCUCCUUUUCUCUACUGCUUUCUGACAUAUUCUCUAUCAAUCUCACACCUCUUCAUCACUGUAUCCCUCCUCUCCCUCUUUCCUCCUUCUUCUCUAAGAGCUGCUUGGAGGAGCCAGAGUCUCUGACAUGGACAUGAUUGACGCUCUCUCUUAGCAGACAGACAAUGGUGUGUGCGUGUGUGUGUGUAUGUGAUUCUCUCUCCUGUCCUUUCCCUGUGCCUAACAAGGCUCCCAGUCAUCAGUGACAGCAUUUGUAUUUCAAUAAAGGGAUCUGUGCUGCGGCUGAAAUCACACCUGGUCAUUUACACACUGAGCGGCUCUCCUCUCUCUCCUCUCUCUCUCUCUCUCUCUCUCUCUCUUCUCCCCCGUCUCUCUCUCUCUCUCUCUCUCUCUCUCUCUCUCUCUUCUCUCUCUCUCUCUCUCUCUCUCUCUCUCUCUCUCUCUCUCUCUCUCUCUCUCUCUCUCUCUCUCUCUCUCUCUCUCUCUCCUGAAGGGAAAUCUAUACUGUUCCACUUUGUAUAAUGAUACUCUACGUGUGUGUGAUGGUGUUCAUUAGGAUGUGUACUUGAGUAGAUUAGCCAUAACAAAGCUGUCUCCUCUCCUCUGCACUCAACAGGCAAAAUUAACAUUAUACAAAACACAUUGCUAGCUAAACAUCCCUCCGGCCCUUCUAGUAAUGCAUUUCAUAGUGCACACGCACAGACUGCUCUUCCCACACGCACGCACAGACUGCUCUUCCCACACACACGCAUGCACAGACUGCUCUUCCCACACGCACGCACAGACUGCUCUUCCCACACACACGCAUGCACAGACUGCUCUUCCCACACACAUACGUUUCUGGCAGUCAGAGCUCACUCUUUGUAUCCUAUCACCAUAACAACCACUUCUCAUUUAAUCUGAAAAAAGCCGGAGUGAAUUUCUCCUCAGUACAGCUGAUGAUGGUGAGAGGUGCAGUCGGCAGUCUUUCUCAGUGCCAAUGUGUGUGUGUGAGUGAGCGAGGGGGAGCCAGGUAUGGGCGAGAGCGGAGGAGAUGGCUCUGAGUGAGGGAGCGCGAGAGAGAUGUGAAGUUGUGGAGGAGUUAAAGAGAGGGAUUUUGGAAGGACGGAUAUAUUUGACACCUCACAUGGUGAGUGGCACACGACUUCUACAUGAUGUUCUGCUAAUUAGCGAUGCUGGCCACAGGCAAGGUGUGUGUGGUGUGUCUGUGUGUGUUUGUUGUGCAAAGAAAAAUCCUUUGUUUGUGUCACUGCACCUUUUACUUUGUGUGUGUGUGUGUGUGUGUGUGUGUGUGUGUGUGUGUGUGUGUGUGUGUGUGUGUGUGUGUGUGUGUGUGUGUGUGUGUGUGUGUGUACUGUAGGUUUCAGUGCAUGCAGUGGUUAUGUAACAAGUGAGGCAGAGAAACCUUGAGAAUAGAAUAGUAAUGAUAUCUCUCUGUUAGCCAGAUGGGUUAUAUCUGAACACAGCUCUCUUCUCUAGCCUCUAUGUUUAAUACCAUCUCUUUAUCUCACCAUAAAGCUAUGUUAGAUACUAUACCAAUAUAGUCUUGACUACUUCAGAUACUGUGUGUUAAAACUGUAUUGAAUAUUUCAGAUGCUGUAUCAAUAUUGUAUUACCUAUUUCCUAUUCCUCAAUGAUGUUAGCUGGAUUAAGCUGGACUACAGUGGAAUCAUUAUUUCACACAAAGCUGUUGUCGGUAUAUGGAAUCUCUCAAAUAAUCCAAGGUUUGGAAAUCAGUAUUAUUGAUUGAGAAUAUUUUACAGGUUGGUAAUUAGGCUAAUAAGGAUUCGGGUCAGGGUUGGGGGUAAAUUCCAUUUAAAUUCAGUCAAUUCAGGAAUUAACCAGAAAUUCAAAUUGAAUCACUAAGUGACUGAAUUGUAUUCAGAUAAAAGUAUUCAAUAUGUAUUGUCCUCACAUUGUACUGUACAUGGCUGUGGUGUUUUGCUUGCAAACUUCUUUGUUUCAGUACUACUACGGAAUUAGAUCAGUGGGGACCAGAUAGAUUCUGGUCCAAAUCCCUAUUUGGGCAGUUCUACAUGUAUAUUCUACAGUUCUAUAUUCUACAGUUGGAUCACUUGGAACUGAGUUGGAAUUCCAACUGGGAUGGAGCGAUGGAAAAUAUGUUGAAUCUAAGAGUGAAGAAAAAAUACAUUACCAACAACAGACAUGAGUGUAUGUGUGUGCGUGUGGCAGCAUGGUGUUAUUUUAUGAAUUAGCUUUCCAGCCUUGUACAGCAGAUGCAGAUGUGUACGUAUCCUUAUUCACUCUCUAAACAUCUGGGUGAGAUAUUAAUCUGUAAUGGUUGAAUUGCUUUACUGCAAUGAGCUGAAUAUCAAGCACAGGUUACAAAGAUAAGGAUAUCCAAAAUUCCCUAUUUGGUGUGGAACUGUAACAUACAACUGAAUAUUGGGAGUAAAGACCACACCUCAACUCCUCUGCUCUCAAUAACCAAUGGCUGUACAUACAACCAAUCUACCUCACACCUGUGUGUUUUCCAUAUUGUGCUGAAUUUAUUGAAUUGAAAUGGACUUGACCCCAAACCUGGGUGCUGUCUUUACGGUGUCCUUCACACAAAACAAUCUAUUAGGAAUCAACUGCUUAAUGGUUGAAAACUGUUGGACAGAAACAAUUAUUUACUUACAAUGCACAGUAUAGGAACUACAGUGGGGGGAAAAAAGUAUUUAGUCAGCCACCAAUUGUGCAAGUUAUCCCACUUAAAAAGAUGAGAGAGGCCUGUAAUUUUCAUCAUAGGUACACGUCAACUACACGUCAACAGACAAAAUGAGGAUUUUUUUUCUCCAGAAAUUCACAUUGUAGGAUUUUUUAUGAAUUUUUUUGCAAAUUAUGGUGGAAAAUAAGUAUUUGGUCAAUAACAAAAGUUUCUAAAUACUGUGUUAUAUACCCUUUGUUGGCAAUGACACAGGUCAAACAUUUUCUGUAAGUCUUCACAAGGUUUUCACACACUGUUGCUGGUAUUUUGGCCCAUUCCUCCAUGCAGAUCUCCUCUAGAGCAGUGACGUUUUGGGGCUGUUGCUGGGCAACACGGACUUUCAACUCCCUCCAAAGAUUUUCUAUGGGGUUGAGAUCUGGAGACCGGCUAGGCCACUCCAGGACCUUGAAAUGCUUCUUACGAAGCCACUCCUUCGUUUCCCGAGCGGUGUGUUUGGGAUCAUUGUCAUGCUGAAAGACCCAGCCACGUUUCAUCUUCAAUGCCCUUGCUGAUGGAAGGAGGUUUUCACUCAAAAUCUCACGAUACAUGGCCCCAUUCAUUCUUUCCUUUACACGGAUCAGUCGUCCUGGUCCCUUUGCAGAAAAACAGCCCCUAAGCAUGAUGUUUCCACCCCCAUGCUUCACAGUAGUUAUGGUGUUCUUUGGAUGCAACUCAGCAUUCUUUGUCCUCCAAACACGACGAGUUGAGUUUUUACCAAAAAGUUCUAUUUUGGUUUCAUCUGACCAUAUGACAUUCUCCCAAUCCUCUUCUGGAUCAUCCAAAUGCACUCUAGGAAACUUCAGACGGGCCUGGACAUGUACUGGCUUAAGCAGGGGGACACGUCUGGCACUGCAGGAUUUGAGUCCCUGGCGGCGUAGUGUGUUACUGAUGGUAGACUUUGUUACUUUGGUCCCAGCUCUCUGCAGGUCAUUCACUAGGUCCCCCUGUGUGGUUCUGGGAUUUUUGCUCACCGUUCUUGUGAUCAUUUUGACCCCACGGGGUGAGAUCUUGCGUGGAGCCCCAGAUCGAGGGAGAUUAUCAGUGGUCUUGUAUGUCUUCCAUUUCCUAAUAAUUGCUCCCACAGUUGAUUUCUUCAAACCAAGCUGCUUACCUAUUGCAGAUUCAGUCUUCCCAGCCUGGUGCAGGUCUACAAUUUUGUUUCUGGUGUCCUUUGACAGCUCUUUGGUCUUGGCUAUAGUGGAGUUUGGAGUGUGACUGUUUGAGGUUGUGGACAGGUGUCUUUUAUACUGAUAACAAGAUCAAACAGGUGCCAUUAAUACAGGUAACGAGUGGAGGACAGAGGAGCCUCUUAAAGAAGAAGUUACAGGUCUGUGAGAGCCAGAAAUCUUGCUUGUUUGUAGGUGACCAAAUACUUAUUUUCCACCAUAAUUUGCAAAUAAAUUCAUUAAAAAUCUUACAAUGUGAUUUUCUGGAUUUUUUUUCUCUCAAUUUGUCUGUCAUAGUUGACGUGUACCUAUGAUGAAAAUUACAGGCCUCUCUUAUCUUUUUAAGUAGGAGAACUUGCACAAUUGGUGGCUGACUAAAUACUUUUUUUCCCCACUGUAGUUGGAUACAGCAAAUGGCAUGGGUAAAUGGUCUGAUCCUUUAAAGAGAAGUGCUAUGUACUGUAAUUUGUUUUGGGCGAAAAGAAAGUUAGUUUUUUGCUGUGUUGGAAGUACAGUAGAGAUGGAAUAUUGCGGUCUACCCAACAGUGCCUAAUGCACUACUGUAUCCACCUAAAUCUUCCACUUGGACUGACAUGGAACACAAACACACACGGCAGUGUGCUUCAGCUUUCAUCUCUCACCUGCAUUAUUAAACAUCUCUAUCCACAUGAGUGUUACAUCACCCAAUCACAGAGCUCUCUCUCCCUCUAUGUUUUCUCUUUCUCUAGAUCUCUUUAACUGUCUUUCGUUUGCUCUCUCUCACUGCCUCUCUUUUUUCUCUCCCCUCUUCCCGAUGCAUCCCUCCCUAUCCACUCUAUUUUUCUUCCUCCAUCUAUCUCUCUUGCCUCCAGCCCCCUCUCUCUUUAUCACUCUCUCUUUCUCACUCUUGCCCCUCUCUCAAACUCUACACCUCUCCCCCCUCCUCAAUAUUAAAUUGAAUUAGAUUUGCAUGUAUGCAAAUAUGUUUUUGAUACUAGUUGAAUGACAUGGACUCUCUCUCUCUCUGGCUGUCUCCCAGGCGAACCUGAAGAAGUUUAUGGAGUAUGUUCAGCAGAGGAACAUUGAGAAGGUGUCCAAGUUCCUGGAGAAAGGUCUGGACCCCAACUUCCAUGACCCUGAAUCGGGAGGUGAGGAGAGAUGCAACUCUAGCAUCCAGAAAUGCACCUGUUGUAUUCGGCGCAUGUGACCAAUAAAAUUUGAUUUGAUUUGAUUUGAAAUGAUGAAAUCAAAGACACCUGCAGAGUUAAUUUAGAUCAAACAAAACAGUGCUACAAAACGGGAAUAAAAACAUGCUCAUUGAUUAAUAAUAAUUAGGUGGGUGCUUACAUUUGUACAAGUAUGUAUUAUACGCAUGUGUGAUUAUAUAUAUAUUUUUUUGUUGCAUAGCCCAUUAUUGAUGGCGACCCUGGAGUAAUUAAAUCAAAUAAAAUCAAAUGUUAUUUGUCACAUGCGCCGAAUACAACAGGUGUAGACCUUACAGUGAAAUGCUUACAAGCCCUUACCAACAAUGCAGUUUUAAGAAAAAUAAGUGUUAAGUAAAAAACAUAUAAUCAAAGAGCAGUAAAAUAACAGUAGCGAGGCUAUAUACAGGGGGUACCGGUACAGAGUCAAUGUGCGGGGGCACAGUUUAGUCGAGGUAAUUGAGGUAAUAUGUACAUGUAGGGAGAGUUAAAGUGACUAUGCAUAGAGAAUAAACAGAGAGAGGCAGCAGCGUAAAAGGGGGGGGGGGGGGGGGUUGUAGAAGUCCGGGUAGCCAUUUGAUAGUCCGGGUAGCCAUUUCAUUAGCUGUUCAUGAGUCUUAUGGCUUGAAGCUGUUAAGACGCCUUUUGGACCUAGACUUGGCGCUCUGGUACCGCUUGCCGUGCGGUAGCGGAGAGAAUGGUCUAUGACUAGGGUGGCUGGAGUCUUUGACAAUUUUUAGGGUUAAGUACCUUGCUCAAGGACACUGACAGAUUUUUCAGCUAGUCGGCUCGAGGAUUCAAACUAGCAACCCACGGUUACUGGCCAAACACUUUCAACUGUUAGGCUACCUGCCGCCGGGUGCAAACAAUUUCCUUGCAGAUUACAGAUACUGAUUACUGGCGAGAGAACAAACAAUGGUUAGCUGAGCCACAGUACUGUUUGAUAUACACUGAGUGUACAAAACAUUCCAUAUAGACUGACCAGGUGAAACCCGGUGAAAGUUAUGAUCCCUUGUUGAUGUCACUUGUUAAAUCCACUUCAAUCAGUAUAGAUGAAGGGGAGGUGACAGGUUAAAUAAGGAUUUUCAGGAUUGCCUUGAGACAAUUGAGACAUGGAUUGUGUAUGUGUGCCAUUCAGAGGGUGAAUGGGCAAGACAAAAUAUUUAAGUGCCUUUGAACGGGGUAUGGUAGUAGGUGCCAGGCGCAUCGGUUUGAGUGUGUCAAGAACUGCAACACUGCUGGGUUUUCCAUGCUCAACGGUUUCCCGUGUGUAUUUAGAAUGGUCCACCACCCAAAGGACAUCCAGCCAACUUGACACAACUGAGGGAAGCAUUGGAGUCCACAUGGGCCAGCAUCCCUGUGGAACGCUUUCGACUCCUUGUAGAGUCCAUGCCCCGAAGAAUUUAGGCUGUUCUGAGGGCAAAAGGGGGUGCAACUCAAUAUUAGGAAGAUGUUCCUAUUGUUUCAUACACUCAGUGUAUGUUCCACAGUAUUAAGAGAGUAGAUAUUAUUGUGAAACUGCUAGUACAUUCAGACACACAGUAUCAAAACAGCUAUCAUCCAAUCAGGAAUUUACUCCCCACCGAGGUUCCUGUUCUACUGAUUGAACUUCCUGAGGAUCCCGAUUAUCAGUGUUAUUAGAUACUGAGAUAGAUAGAUACAGAGAUAGACAGACAGACAGACAGACAGACAGACAGACAGACAGACAGACAGACAGACAGACAGACAGACAGACAGACAGACAGACAGACAGACAGACAGACAGACAGACUGAAAUAGACAGACAGACUGAAAUAGACAGACAGACUGACUGUUACGGAAAUAUUCAGACAGAGACAGACAGACAGAUGGACAGAUAGAGAGAUGGAGAUAGAGAUAGAGAGACAGACAUACGUAGAUAACGAGCUCUGCUGUGUUUGUUCUGGUUGGCUGCCCACUGAGCGAUUUCCGUCUGGCCCUCUCUGCCACAUCCAAAUGCAUGCUGGGUGAGGCUGGAUUAUUCUUCAUGCUAAUCUUCUCAUGUUUAUGCAAAUGUUUGUGCAGCCAUUUGUUGAGAGCCUCCAAUGGGGUGACCUCUGAGAGAGAGAGAGAGAGAGAGAGAGAGAGAGAGAGAGGAGAGAGAGAGAGAGAGAGAGAGAGAGAGAGAGAGAGAGAGAAAACAAAAGCAAAACAAUUUACAAAAUAAUUUUGUUCUAAAUGCUAGUUUCAUUGUGUCUGUGUGUGCGCAUGUUUGUGAAUAUACUAUACCCACAGUUCAUCCCAUGCACCUUCUUUGAUAAAUCUAAAAUAAUGAGAUUGAUGGCUUCUAACGCCUUGAUCACACCGACAGCGUCAUUGCGCAAAAUGGUACACAGCAUCAUCUGGAUAUGUGUGCAACAAAAGUUCAGCAUUCACCUUCUGCUACCAUUUCUGUCAAGCCGUCUACACAUACAGUUUGACGCAUACGUUCGAUAAAUCCAACGUAUGCACCACACAGAACGCACUGCAAGGCAAACGCAGCAUUCCAUUGGAAAUGAAUGUACUUCUGGUGUACCAAAAUGCAACGAUGCUGUCGGUGUGAUCGAGGCAUUAGUGUUUAGUUGCAUCAUCAUCAAACAAGCAAACACACACACACAUACACACAGAUUGUUAGCUAACUCCGACCCUCUUAUCUGGUUUUGGUAAACACCAACUCCAUCAUGUUUAUCACAAAGUCAUUUCACUGAUGAGGCCCACAAAUGGACAAUAUUUGUCUUCUUAAAUGAAUCACUUGAGAGUGGAUUCAUCUGGAAAUGGAACUAGUCUUUUAUUCCCCUGCUUUUAUCACUCUAAUCAGAGAUAUUUAAACGGCUAGGCCUUCUCAUACAAAUGCUUUGAUUCAUUUUUAUACAGACAAUUAAAGUCAACCCUAAUGCAGAAUGCAUGCUUCUGUCUCAGUACUAUGCAGAAUGUACACUGAAAAGCUGUCUUGUUGUAUAUUAAACAUGGUUCCUCUCUGCCCCUGUGUGCUGUAGAAUGUCCUCUGACCAUGGCGUCUCAGCUGGAGGGCUGUGCAGAGCUCAUCAAGGUGCUGAAGAGUGGAGGAGCUCACCUGGACUUCAGGACCCGAGACGGCAUCACUGCCCUGCACAAGGCUGUCCGCACCAAGAACCAUACGGCGCUCAUAGUGAGUACACACACACGCACGCGUACACACACACACAUGCACACACACACACACAGUUAAUUUUCUAUCCUCGUUGGGACCUAAAAUUGAUUUACAUUCAAAAUCCUAUGUUCCCUAACCCUAACCUUAACCCUAACCCCUAACGCCUAAACCUAACCCUUAACCCCUAACCUUAAUUGUAACCCUAAGCCUAAUUGUAACCCUAACCCUAAACCUAACCCCUAAGCUUAAAAUAGCCUUUGUGGCGAAGUGGGAAUUGUCCUUGUUUUACUAUCCUUGUGGGGACUUUUGGGGAUUGCAUGUCACCACAAAGACAGAAGAACAAGACCACACACACACACAUACACACACACACAUACACACACACACAUACACACACAUACACACACACACUCACUUUCUCCUUGUCAUAAGUAAGAGUCUGACUCACAUGGUUUCCUCAGUGUGUAUGUGGGUGCUAAGUACUCUCUUCUGAGACCUGACUGAAAAGAUGUUUUUAUUCAAUGGGCUUCUUGUGCCCUCCCUUACUCACUGGGUUUUCAUCUGCUUUGAGGAGGUUAGGUUGCUGUCUUUAAUGAGUAGGCGUGUGCUCAGUGAAUGGAUGUGUAUCAUUACUGAAUGGCUCUGAUAUGACUCAUCAUUGUUGUCAUCCUGAGAGCUAUAGCUGUAGUGGAGAGAAGUCCAUCAUCUUAAUGGACUACUGUAUGUCCCUGUUUUUGAUCUACAUGAGUGCAGAAGCCUAUGAAAGAAAAAUGUAGAUCCCACAAAGGAAAUGGAUAGUGUUUUCAUAACUGGGUUUUCAUAGGUUCUGUUGGGCUUGAAGGGAGUGUGUGCAUUGUGUGUGUGUGUUCUCUAACUCUCCCUCUCUUUCUCUUACUCUCCCUCUGCCAGACGUUGCUGGACCUGGGUGCGUCUCCUGACUAUAAGGACAAUCGAGGGUUAAGUCCACUCUAUCACAGCUCUAUGGUAGGAGGAGACCCCUACUGCUGUGAACUACUGCUCCACGACCACGCUCAGGUGGGCUGUGUGGACGAGAACGGCUGGCAGGAGAUACACCAGGUAAACACACACAUACGCACGCACACACUCUAGUGAUGCGCGGGUCAGCUGUUUGUUCACCCGCACCUGCCCGCAAUUGCUAAUAACCCAUCUGCAAACUGCAGACUAUAUGUGAUAAAGUGAAAAUCUGAGGCCUGCACCCGACCCUAACCUGCUAAUAGGCCGAUAGAAAAUGUGAUGUACAUUCAGAGAUGGUGGAACGAUUGUCUGACAGGGAAUGCAGGAUUUCUUUUUUUUGUUAGUGAAUUGGCCUACAACUAGAUACAUGCAGCUUCUCUAAUGUCAUUAGGCUACUGCCCUAGAAGACUAAAUAAACCCUUGCUCACCAGAAUGUCUUAAAUCGAUGAACGCUUCAAUCUAGUUUUCUCUUUCAUCUCAGCUUCUCUUGCGCAGCAGACGUUUUAAGGACCAGGGAGAAAAUGCAGUAGGCCCAUUUAUUAUCAUUAUUUUUAAACAGGAACCAUUUCACCGGUUUUAAGGAAAUUAAGUGCUGUUAAAAUAACCAAACAUUUUUCUAAUAGGUUUUUAGUUUGGCUUGGAUGCAUAUUUUUUGUGGUUGAAAUACUAUCUAUCAGCUUUUAUGAUGCUGACAAAGAUAGCACCUUUACAGACAGUCCCUAACCGCACAUUUCUCUCAAGAUGGUGAAAGAAAUAAAUAAUAUUUCUCCUCUCCUGUUCACGAGUCAAAAUCUACAUUUGGUGUAUAAUUUUACUGCAAGAAAUGCUUAGUUCUGAAGGAGUUUUAAUAUAUUGGGCUAUGUGAGAGGUUACAAACCUACAGUCAGUGUCCAGAAUUCAGUUAGGCUACUAUUCAAUUCAACCAAUCUGAACAGUUGGCCCUUAACGUGUCAUAUUUGAAGUCCCCGUCUUGUGACUCUCUAAUUUGUAUAGCGCCUCUUAAUCAUCACACAUAACAUAGCCGGCACUGCUAUCAUCCUCUUUUACCACUUCACCAAAUCUUUCCCAAACAUUAGGCUACUGUUCUGGCCCUGCGACCCCAAAUCUGCGACACCACCAUGUAAAAAAAGUUAUGUAAUCAACGGCCAAUGUUUACUUUUUAAAUUUGGGCUGUGACAGUUUAUUACAAAUCAGUCUGACAGUAUUUUUGACAGUAUUCAAUCUGCAUACAGUAGGGUUUGAAAUAAUGUUGUAUGAUCUUCUGUGUAGAAAAGAACAUCAUCAUUUAUUGUUAUUUUCCGCCCAGUCUGAUUUAGUGCCUGGUCUUGUCCACUAACUGUAUGUCCGUACGUGUUGCUGAGAGUCUUAUCUUUCAGUGAGGGGCCAUAAUAUUUUGUAGCUUAAACCAUUCAAAACAUAGAGCCAGAUUUGUAGGAAGAAAACAGAAACCGCUCUGUUUAUUACAACCGUAUCUAGCAGCUACCGGAGGUUACUGACGUGCCCCCGGUUCUAUGAACCAACCCCAUUUUCAAAUCAGGUGACCCCACAUGGGGUCGCGACCCCUAGAUUGGGAAACCCUGAGUUAGGUCCUGAAGCUUUGGCUUACGCACUAAUGGCAGAUACAAAUAAUGAAAGAAAAACCUAAAGUUAGCCUGUGAUACAUUUAUGGGUUUUUAAUGCAUUGUUUUCUCUUUAUUGAACCCGCCCGCCACCCACCCGCCCUUCAUCCGCACAAUAUUUCAUGACCCUAAACCCGCCCACCCCACGGAUAUAACCGCGGGGAUUGAGGGUUAUGAGUCAACCCGCGCAUCACUAACACAUACACUACCGUUCAAAAGUUUUAGAAGACCUACUCAUUCAAGGGUUUUUCUUAAUUUUUACUAUUUCUACAUUGUAGAAUAAUAGUAAAGACAUAAAAACUAUGAAAUAACACAUAUGGAAUCAUGUAGUAACUAAAAAAGUGCUAAACAAAUCAAAAUAUAUUUUAUAUUUAAGAUUCUUCAAAUAGCCACCCUUUGCCUUGAUGAAAUCUUUGCACACUCUUGGCAUUCUCUCAACCAGCUGGAAUGCAUUUCAAUUAACAGGUGUGCCUUCUUAAAAGCUAAUUUGUGGAAUUUCUUUCCUUCUUGAUACGUUUGAGCCAAUCAGUUGUGUUGUGACAAGGUAGGGGGGUAUACAGAAGAUAGCCCUAUUUGGUAAAAGACCAAGUCCAUAUUAUGGCAAGAACAGCUCAAAUAAGCAAAGAGAAACGACAGUCCAUCAUUACUUUAAGACAUGAAGGUCAGUCAAUACAGAACAAUUCAAGAACGUUUAAAGUUUCUUCAAGUGCAGUUGCAAAAAUCAUCAAGCGCUAUGACGAAACUGUCUCUCAUGAGGACCGCCAUAGGAAUGGAAGACCCAGAGUUACCUCUGCUGCAGAGGAUAACAGACACAUCUCAACAUCAACUGUUCAGAGGAGACUGUAUGAAUCAGGCCUUCAUGGUUGAAUUGCUGCAAAGAAACCGCUACUAAAGGACACCAAUAAUAAGAAGAGACUUGCUUUGGCCAAGAAACACGAGCAAUGGACAUUAGACCGGUGGAAAUGUUUCCUUUGGUCUGGAGUCCAAAUGUGAGAUUUUUGGUUCCAACCGCGUUGUCUUUGUGAGAUGCGGUGUGGGUGAACAGAUAAACUCUCCAUGUGUAUUUCUCACCGUAAAGAAUGGAGGAGGAGGUGUUAUGGUGUGGGGGUGCUUUGCUGGUGACACUGUCUGUGACUUAUUUAGAAUUCAAGGCACACUUAACCAGCAUGGCUACCACAGCAUUCUGCAGCUAUAUAUUUGGAUUUGUUUAACACUUUUUUGGUUACUACAUGAUUCCAUAUGUGUUAUUUCAUAGUUUUGAUGUCUUCACUAUUAUUCUACAAUUUAGAAAAUAGUACAAAUAAAGAAAAACCCUUGAAUGAGUAGGUUUUCUAAAACUUUUGACCAGUAGUUUACACACACACACACACACACACACACACACACACACACACACGGAUACAGACGCAAACACACACACGAAUACACACACACACACACACACACACACACAUACAGAGAGAGAGACUGCUCUUCCCAGACACAGACACUACAGUAGACCCAGACUGACAUUUUGAGGAAACCUUCCGUUGAUUUUAUUAGGAAGAAAAUGUAGCGGAAGAGAAAAGAGGGACGAGUACAAUAUUAAUUUCCUCAUUUGAUGGGGCACAAAAGCACUGUAGACUUUUAUAUGGAGGGAACAGGAGUAGCACUACAGGGCUUGAUAAAACCCUGCAGACCCUGUCAUUAUAUAAACCAUAAAGGACUGAAGCACUAGAACUCAGUCAAUAGUAUUGUGUCCACAGUGCUCUAAUGUUCCCACCACUCUUCUCCUCUCCUCUCCACACCAGCAUGUCUGGGGACAUCCAUGGUAAUCCCCCCACCUGCUUGCCCUGUUCUUCCCCACCACCAUCUUCAGAGCACAUCUGUCCAAACACAAUCACCACUUUUUUAAUUGGGGCUAUGACAGUCUAUUACAAAUCAGUCUGAAAGUACUUUUCACAGUAGGCUAUUUCAAUCUGAAGGAAGAAUGGUUUGAAAUGACUGAAAUGGAUCAGAAAGGUAUUGGGAAGUUCAAAAGAUCAUCAGGCAAUAACUUUUGCAUGAUUUUCUGUGUAGAAAAUAACAAUCAAUGAUUUUGUUCUUUUUCCCCCAGUCUGAUUUAGAGCCCGGUCUUGUCCACUCUGUUCUAUGCAUUGUAGAGGGUAACAGAAGACACAUAGUGUGCCUGAGAGUCUUAUGUUUUAGUGAUGGGGUCAUAAUAUUUUGUAGCUUCAACCGUUCAAAAGAUAGAGCCACAUUUGUAGGAAGAAAACAGAGACUGCUUUUCCGAGUUUCUCUCGCAACCCCAAUUUUAAAUCAGGUGACCCCUAGUUUGGGAAACGCUGGACUGAACUGACAGGCAGCUGGUAAAAGAAAGAAAGAGAUGCCAACGGAGUGUGCGAGAAAGAGUGUGUAUUUUGAGAGAGGAACUCUCACCCAGUUUGAACUGGGGACAUCCAUGGUAAUCCCCCACCUGCUGGCCCUGUUCUUCUCCACCACCAUCUUCAGAGCACAUCUGUCCAAACACAGUCACCACACAACACAAUGCAGGGUUAGCCUCCAGGCUUAACAGCUUCUACCCCCAAGCCAUAAGACUCCUGAACAGCUAAUCAUGGCUACCCAGACUAUUUGCUACUCUCUAUUUGUUAUCUAUGCGUAGUCACUUUAACUCUACCCACAUGUACAUAUUACCUCAAUUACCUCGACGAACCUGUGCCCUCGCACAUUACUCUGUACCGGCACCCCCUGUAUGUAGCCUCCCUACUGUUAUUAUUUUAUUUAUUUAUUUUACUGCUGCUCUUUAAUUAUUUGUUAUUUGUUAUUUACCUAUCUAGUUGUUUACUUAACACUUAUUUUCCUUAAAACUGCAUUGUUGGUUUAGGGCUUGUAAGUAAGCAUUUCACUGUAUUCGGCGCAUGUGACAAAUACAAUUUGAUUUGAUUUGAGAGUAAGCUGGCACUAAAACUGGGCCUACAGGCCAACUUUCCAGAGCCCUCCAUUACUAUAUUCUAAUCAGUUACCUUCCCUCUCCCCCCAUGGCAUUAGUAUUCAUUGUGGUUGUGUGUGUGUGUGUGUGUGUGUGUGUGUGUGUGUGUGUGUGUGUGUGUGUGUGUGUGUGUGUGUGUGUGUGUGUGUGUGUGUGUGUGUGUGUGUGUGUGUGUGUGUGUGUGUGUGUGUGUGUGUGUGUGUGUGAUAGAGACAAGACAAUACAGAGAGGGAACAAUGAUUAUAGUGCAUGUGUGGGAGAGACAAACAGAGAAGAGAACAGAGAAGCGAGAUGGGUUGUCUCCAAUAUCACACAGUGUAUGAUAUCUCAAUCACCCAAAAUACCUCAAUAACCCAAACUGGCAUCCAUGUGUCUCCCCAUACAGGCAUGUCGUCAUGGUCAUGUUCAGCACUUGGAGCACCUGCUGUUCUACGGAGCCGACAUGACUGCUCAGAACGCCUCUGGAAACACCGCCCUUCACGUCUGUGCCCUCUACAACCAGGUAACACACUGUAUGGUGCAUGUUGGCGGGGAGGGGUGUGGUUGUGUGUGGGUGUUAUGAUGAGUUUCUGAUAUUGAGAAGUUCAGGAUGCACGAGAGUAUGUUACACAGAUGGAGAUUGGAUUCAGUCAUUAUUUAAUGGUUACAAUGUUUGAUUCAAUGACAGGGGGUACGGACAUAGCCUCCCGCCAUCUGAAUGACUUCCAUAGACAAUCUCUCAGCUUAUAUACUGCUCUUCCAACCUACUUUUAUCUUAUCCAGUUGCUAACCAUUAUUGAUUGUCACUCAUCCACCACCAUAUAAUCUACCUCCUUGGUGUAGUGUGGCACCCUAACCAGGCCAUUCCAUCACGCACCCAUCCUAAGAUUAGCACCAGUGGCCCCCAAUCUAUCUUGGCAAACUGACCUUCUAUUCCUCACUCGUGACACCACUAACACAUGGUGUGUCCUUGUCCUGUGUCCACAUACAGCUUUUGAGUUGCACAUACAUUAAUGAAUGUUGUAUUACAAAUCAUCAUAACAAUCCCCCAUUUUCUUUCUUUUUGUUGUUGCAAGAAGAAUUCCAUUACUUAAAUCAAACAAUUCAAAGCAUACAAAUGAAUUCCUAACCUCCUGACAUCAUCCCAGAAAAUAUAUUGAUUCAUGACAAUUUGUAAUUUACAUGGAAAUUAUAAUAUAUUCAAAUGAAUAUAUCCCAAUAAAAAUAAUUUCAAUCUUCUUCAUCAAUGUUCAUUCAGAGGAACCCCAAGCUUUUCUCUGGUCACUUGGGGCGCUAUCUGAUCGACUGAGUUAGUCUUGUUUCCACGUCUUCAAUCCUGUAAACCUUAAAUUCCACAUUAUACAGUUCCAACUUAACAUUCCACAUUCCUCAAUCAACAUUAUCAAUGAACUCUACAAUGGAAUAAGAUGAUAUAGAUGAAUAAUUAAUACUCUUAAUACCUUCCUGUAUGUCUCUAAUAUUUCCUAUAGCUUUACUUAAAUUCCCAAUACCUUACUAAUCCUGAUGUCAAGCAUGUACAACAUGAUUCUCCCCCUAUAAUCGCAUACAUUCCCCCUUAUGUACUAUAAUAGCAUCCAAUGCUAUGCAAUUAUCAAUUGCAUAUUGUUUAAUGAGUUCCAUUUUAGCUUGAAAACCCAUGACUGUUAAUAGGUACAAUAUUCAACUAUGUUCAACCCCUAAUAUGCCUGAUGAGAGAUACACAGUAUAACACAGUAUAACACUCCGUUUUCAGUCCCUGUUAAAUCAGCAACUGUAUAUAGUGACUAAUAUGUGAUUACGUAACCCAAUUAAUCAACAUAUUCAUGAUUUCAGUCACAAUCAUCACAUUAAUUUCCAUGUUUCAAACAGUACGAUUCAACAAUGUCUACUCAAAAAAAAGCAUAUAAAUGUAUCCUAAGACAUUACCAUAAUUUAUCACUGUUUUAACCCAUAAUAUCUAUAUAAGACAGUUCUAAAUUAUACAAUCAAUAUCCUUUAUUCUGAAAAUAGUUAUACUAAUAUAUACUAAUGAUUUACUUAAAUCACUCAGUCAUCUUAUAUUAUAACCAAAACCAAAUUUAGAAUGACAAUUCUUAUUGAUUCACUUGGUCCUUCUCAAUCAAAAUUAAAACCCUCAACUUCAUCACCCAUUUCAACUGUCAGAAAGUACACUUGUAUUAACAUACAGUAUAAAUAUCCAUAAUUCUAUUAUGACCUUCCUCAUCCUGAUAAUAAAUACAGAUCAUUAUCUCAAUGCAUUCUUAAUACUAUUAAUUUAUCAGUGUAUAUACAGUGGAGAGAACAAGUAUUUGAUACACUGCCGAUUUUGCAGGUUUUCCUACUUACAAAGCAUGUAGAGGUCUGUAAUUUUUCCCAAAAAAAAUCCAGAAAAUCACAUUGUAUGAUUUUUAAGUAAUAAUUUGCAUUUUAUUGCAUGACAUAAGUAUUUGAUCACCUACCAACCAGUAAGAAUUCCGGCUCUCAUAGACCUGUUAGUUUUUCUUUAAGAAGACCUCCUGUUCUCCACUCAUUACCUGUAUUAACUGCACCUGUUUGAACUCGUUACCUGAAUAAAAGACACCUGUCCACACACUCAAUCAAACAGACUCCAACCUCUCCACAAUGGCCAAGACCAGAGAGCUGUGUAAGGACAUCAGGGAUAAAUUGUAGAUCUCCACAAGGCUGGGAUGGGCUACAGGACAAUAGGCAAGCAGCUUGGUGAGAAGGCAACAACUGUUUUCGCAAUUAUUAGAAAAUGGAAGAAGUUCAAGAUGACGGUCAAUCACCCUCGGUCUGGGGCUCCAUGCAAGAUCUCACCUCGUGGAGCAUCAAUGAUCAUGAGGAAGGUAAGGGAUCAGCCCAGAACUACACGUCAGGACCUGGUCAAUGACCUGAAGAGAGCUGGGACCACAGCCUCAAAGAAAACCAUUAGUAACACACUACGCCGUCAUGGAUUAAAAUCCUGCAGCGCACGCAAGGUCCCCCUGCUCAAGCCAGCGCAGGUCCAGGCCCGUCUGAAGUUUGCCAAUGACCAUCUGGAUGAUCCAGAGGAGGAAUGGGAGAAGGUCAUGUGGUCUGAUGAGACAAAAAUAUAGCUUUUUGGUCUAAACUCCGCUCGCCGUGUUUGGAGGAAGAAGAAGGAUGAGUACAACCCCAACUGCGCCGUAUUGAGGGGAGGAUGGAUGGGGCCAUGUAUCGCGAGAUCUUGGCCAACAACCUCCUUCCCUCAGUAAGAGCAUUGAAGAUGGGUCGUGGCUGGGUCUUCCAGCAUGACAACGACCUGAAACACACAGCCAGGGCAACUAAGGAGUGGCUCCGUAAGAAGCAUCUCAAGGUCCUGGAGUGGCCUAGCCAGUCUCCAGACCUGAACCCAAUAGAACAUCUUUGGAGGGAGCUGAAAGUCCGUAUUGCCCAGCGACAGCCCCGAAACCUGAAGGAUCUGGAGAAGGUCUGUAUGGAGGAGUGGGCCAAAAUCCCUGCUGCAGUGUGUGCAAACCUGGUCAAGACCUACAGGAAACGAAUGAUCUCUGUAAUUGCAAACAAAGGUUUCUGUACCAAAUAUUAAGUUCUGCUUUUCUGAUGUUUCAAAUACUUAUGUCAUGCAAUAAAAUGCAAAUUAAUUACUUAAAAAUCAUACAAUGUGAUUUUCUGGAUUUUUGUUUUAGAUUCCGACUCUCACAGUUGAAGUGUACCUAUGAUAGAAAUGACAGACCUCUACAUGCUUUGUAAGUAGGAAAACCUGCAAAAUCGGCAGUGUAUCAAAUACUUGUUCUCCCCACUGUACCUCCUACUCAAAUUAGCAAAUUUAGAUAAAUCCCAAUUUUUUAUUAUCAACCCAGCUAACCAAUCCCUUCUUUCUCCCGGCACUUAAAUCUUCUGCCGUCUCUUCAUUAUGUUCUUCAUACAUCUUCAUAUUUGAAAAUGAAUUGCCCAUGACAAUGUCCCAACUUCAAUGUCUCAUCCAAGUCACCACCUUCCCUACAACCUCAUUGUCUUGUCCAUUUGCCAACCAUUAUACCAACAACAUUACAAAUGUUGUAUUUGAACAUAUAUUUCUCCAUUCUCACUCAAUGGUGGACUCCUGUCCCACUCCCGCGAGAUAACAACAUGAGAAAAUCAGUUGAUAGCUUCAAUUGGCUGUUUUACCCCUGUUGCAUGUAGAAGUGGUGCUUUACAGAAACGUCUGAUAUUCAUCUUCAGCCGGUACAUAGAUUGUUUCUUUUUAAGGUUCACACCAUUCUAGUCCAAAUUAUCCCCGCUAUGCAUCAAGACACCAUCUGUAUUUACCUCACUAGAAGACAAAACAUAACAGUUUAAUCGAUUUCAUUUCUAAUCUAAGAAAUCAUGUAAGCAUUGACUAUAUGACAAAUUAUUAUGUUAUACCAAUUAUUCUUAAUACCAAUUUUUAAUAUACUUCCCAAUUUCAGUUAGCAUCGCUCUGUGCAGUGUGUCCUUCUUUCAUCGUACCAACAGGGAAGUUGAGAGUCCCUGCUCCUCACUUAGAUUCUGUCCAUCUCUGACUGCUUUAAUCCAUUACCACCAGUCUUGAGGGGCAUACAAUGCUCAGAUUCUCCUGUUAGUGCUGGCAGAUACAGUGAGGGAAAAAAGUAUUUGAUCCCCUGCUGAUUUUGUACGUUUUCCCACUGACAAAGACAUGAUCAGUCUAUAAUUUUAAUGGGAGGUUUAUUUGAACAGUGAGAGACAGAAUAAUAACAAAAAAAUCCAGAAAAACGCAUGUCAAAAAUGUUAUAAAUUGAUUUGCAUUUUAAUGAGGGAAAUAAGUAUUUGACCCCUCUGCAAAACAUGACUUAGUACUUAGUGGCAAAACCCUUGUUGGCAAUCACAGAGGUCAGAUGUUUCUUUUAGUUGGCCACCAGGUUUGCACACAUCUCAGGAGGGAUUUUGUCCCACUCCUCUUUGCAGAUCUUCUCCAAGUCAUUAAGGUUUCGAGGCUGAUGUUUGGCAACUCGAACCUUCAGCUCCCUCCACAUAUUUUCUAUGGGAUUAAGGUCUGGAGACUGGCUAGGCCACUCCAGGACCUUAAUGUGCUUCUUCUUGAGCCACUCCUUUGUUGCCUUGGCCAUGUGUUUUGGGUCAUUGUCAUGCUGGAAUACCCAUUCACGACCCAUUUUCAAUGCCCUGGCUGAGGGAAGGAGGUUCUCACCCAAGAUUUGAUGGUACAUGGCCCCGUCCAUCGUCCCUUUGAUGCAGUGAAGUUGUCCUGUCCCCUUAGCAGAAAAACACCCCCAAAGCAUAAUGUUUCCACCUCCAUGUUUGACGGUGGGGAUGGUGUUCUUGGGGUCAUAGGCAGCAUUCCUCCUCCUCCAAACACGGCGAGUUGAGUUGAUGCCAAAGAGCUCAAUUUUGGUCUCAUCUGACCACAACACUUUCACCCAGUUCUCCUCUGAAUCAUUCAGAUGUUCAUUGGCAAACUUCAGACGGGCCUGUAUAUGUGCUUUCUUGAGCAUGGGGACCUUGCGGGCGCUGCAGGAUUUCAGUCCUUCACGGCGUAGUGUGUUACCAAUUGUUUUCUUGGUGACUAUGGUCCCAACUGCCUUGAGAUCAUUAACAAGAUCCUCCCGUGUAGUUCUGGGCUGAUUCCUCACCGUUCUCAUGAUCAUUGCAACUCCACGAGGUGAGAUCUUGCAUCGAGCCCCAGGCCGAGGGAGAUUGACAGUUAUUUUGUGUUUUUUGUCACCUUAUCACCAAGCUGCUUGGCGAUGGUCUUGUAGCCCAUUCCAGCCUUGCGUAGGUCUACAAUCUUGUCCCUGACAUCCUUGGAGAGCUCUUUGGUCUUGGCCAUGGUGGAGAGUUUGGAAUCUGAUUGUUUGAUUGCUUCUGUGGACAGGUGUCUUUUAUACAGGUAACAAGCUGAGAUUAGGAGCACUCCCUUUAAGAGUGUGCUCCUAAUCUCAGCUCGUUACCUGUAUAAAAACACACCUGGGAGCCAGAAAUCUUUCUGAUUGAGAGGGGGUCAAAUACUUAUUUCCCUCAUUAAAAUGCAAAUCAAUUUAUAACAUUUGUGACAUGCGUUUUUCUUGGAUUUCUUUGUUUUUAUUCUGUCUCUCACUGUUCAAAUUAACCUACCAUUAAAAUUAUGGACUGACCAUUUCUUUGUCAGUGGGCAAACUUACAAAAUCAGCAGGGAAUCAAAUACUUUUUUCCCUCACUGUACGUACGGUCACUAUGGAGACUACGUUGUCGAUGCACAUGUGACAUGCUUAUUGCAGCUGGUUACUGAGGUGGUAUACUCCUCAAUGCCAUUGGAUGAAUCCCAGAACAUAUUCUAGUCUGUGCUAGCAAAACAGUCCUGUAGCGUAGCAGCCGCGUCAUCUGACCACUUCCGCAUUGAGCAAGACACUGGUACUUUCUGCUUUAGUUUUUGCUUGUAAGCAGGAAUCAGGAGGAUAGAAUUAUGGUCAGUUUUGCCAAAUGGAGGCCGAGGGAGAGCUUUGUACGCGUCUCUGUUUGUGGAGUAAAGGUGGUCUAGAGUUUAUUUUCCUCUGGUUGCACAUGUGACAUGCUGGUAGAAAUUAGGUAAAAUUGAUUUAAGUUUGCCUGCAUUAAAGUCCCCGGCCAUGAGGAGCACAGCUUCUGGAUGAGCAUUUUCUUUGUUUGUUUAUGGCCUUAUACAGCUUGUUGAGUGAGGUAGUAGUGCCAGCGUCGGUUUAUGGUGGUAAAUAGACGGCUAUGAAAAAUACAGAUGAAAACUCUCUUAGUAGAUAGUGUGGUCUACAGCUUAUCAUGAGGUACUCUACCUCAGGCGAGCAAUACCUCGAGACUACCUUAAUAUUAGACAUCGCGCACCAGCUGUUAUUGACAAAUAGACACACACCCCCAUCUCUUACCGGGCAUAGCUGUUCUGUCCUGCCAAUGCAUGGAAAACCCAGCCAACUGUAUAUUAUCCGUGUCGUCGUUCAGCCACGACUCGGUGAAACAUAAGAUAUUAUAGUUUUUAAUGUCCCGUUGGUAGGAUAGUCUUGAACGGAGCUCAUCAAGUUUAUUCUCCAGUGAUUGCAUUUUGGCUAAUAGAACGGAUGGUAGAGGUGGGUUACCCACUCGCCGACGAAUUCUCACAAGGCACCCUGAUCUCCGCCACCUGUAUUUCCUUAUUUUCACCAUGCGAAUUACGGGGAUUUGGGCCUUGUCUGGGAGCAACAUUAUAUCCUUCGCGUCCAACUCAUUGAAUACAAAUUCUUCAUCCAGUUCGAGGUGAGUAAUCGCUGUUCUGAUAUCCAGAAGCUCUUUUCGGUCAUAAGAGACGGUAGCAUCAACAUUAUGUACAAAAUAAGUUACAAACAAUGCGAAAAAACACACAAAAUAGCACAAUUGGUUAGGAGCCCGUAAAACGGCAGCCAUCCCCUCCGGCGCCAUUCUUCUUAUCCAAAAAGGAUGUUUGCAACAAAAAAAUACUUUCACACCUUUCUGUUUUCUCAAUGACAUGCAAAUCAGCAUUGAAAAAAGGCACACGUUUAAGUUUGCUCCCACCUGAGCAAGUCUGACCACAAGUCAGCAAUGAGCUCAAUCAGUCCUCUAUGACAACAAAAAUAUAAACAACAAAGUAGGCUAAUAAGUCCUUAGUCUUUGGGUUAUGUUUAGGUAAAACAAUUUCUCUAAUCUAUAUUUCCAUUUUUCCAAGUCCUAUUCUUGAAAAUCAAGGGGUAUUUUAUCAAUUGGAAUGACUGGAAAUCUGACAGACAUUUGUUUUUAUUGUAAAGAUAUAGCCUAAUUGUUUUAUUAUCUGUAUUGAAGUAGAAAGCAAUGGGUUAGAAGCCUACAGUCAUGGUCAAACGUUUUGAGAAUGACACAAGUAUUGGUCUCCACAAAGUUUGCUGCCUCAGUGUUGAUGAUGGCAAUUUGUAUAUACUCCAGAAUGUCAUGAAGAGUGAUCAGAUGAAUUGCAAUUAAUUGCAAAGUCCUUCUUUGCCAUGAAAAUGAACUUAAUCCCCCAAAAACAUUUCCACUGCAUUUCAGCCCUGCCACAAAAGGACCAGCUGCCAUCAUGUCAGUGAUUAUCUCGUUAACACAGGUGAGAGUGUUGACGAGGACCAGGCUGGAGAUCACUCUGUCAUGCUGAUUGAGUCAGAAUAACAGACUGGAAGCUUUAAAAGGAGGGUGGUGCUUGAAAUCAUUGUUCUUCCUCUGUCAACCAUGGUUACCUGCAAGGAAACAUGUGCUGUCAUCAUUGCUUUGCACAAAAAGGGCUUCACAGGCAAGGAUAUUGCUGCUAGUAAGAUUGCACCUAAAUCAACCAUUUAUCGGAUCAUCAAGAACUUCAAGGAGAGAGGUUCAAUUGUUGUGAAGAAGGCGUCAGGGUGCCCAAGAAAGUCCAGCAAGUGCCAGGACCGUCUCCUAAAGUUGAUUCAGCUGCGGGAUCGGGGCACCACCAGUGCAGAGCUUGCUCAGGAAUGGCAGCAGGCAGGUGUGAGUGCAUCUGCACGCACAGUGAGGCAAAUACUUUUGGAGGAUGGCCUGGUGUCAAGAAGGGCAGCAAAGAAGCCACUUCUCUCCAGGAAAAUCAUCAGGGACAGACUGAUAUUCUGCAAAAGGUACAGGGAUUGGACUGCUGAGGACUGGGGUAGAGUCAUUUUUUCUGAUGAAUCCUCUUUCCGAUUGUUUGGGCCAUCUGGAAAACACGUCCGGAGAAGACAAGGUGAGUGCUACCAUCAGUCCUGUGUCAUGCCAACAGUAAAGCAUCCUGAGACCAUUCAUGUGUGGGGUUGCUUCUCAGCCAAGGGAGUGGGCUCAAUCACAAUUUUGCCUAAGAACACAGCCAUGAAUAAAGAAUGGUACCAACACAUCCUCCGAGAGCAACUUCUCCCAACCAUCCAAGAACAGUUUGGUGACGACCAAUGCCUUUUCCAGCAUGAUGGAGUACCUUGCCAUAAGGAAAAAGUGAUGACUAAGUGGCUCGGGGAACAAAACAUAGACAUUUUGGGUCCAUGGCCAGGAAACUCCCCAGACCUUAAUCCCAUUGAGAACUUGUGGUCGAUCCUCAAGAGGCGUGUGGACAAACAAAAACCCACUACUUCUGACAAACUCCAAGCAUUGAUUAUGCAAGAAUGGGCUGCCAUCAGUCAGGAUGUGGCCCAGAAGUUAAUUGACAGCAUGCCAGGGCGGAUUGCAGAGGUCUUGAAAAAGAAGGGUCAACACUGCAAAUAUUGACUCUUUGCAUAAACGGAAUGUCAUUGUCAAUAAAAGCCUUUGACACUUAUGGAAUACUUGUAAUUAUACUUCAGUGUACCAUAGUAACAUCUGACAUAAAUAUCUAAGAACACUGAAGCAGCAAACUUUGUGGAGACCAAUACUUGUGUCAUUCUCAAAACUUUUGACCACGACUGUACAUAACCCAUAAAGUAAAAUGAAACAUCCAUUUAUCGGCAGCUAUGUAAACUCUAACAUUGAUUUAUCCUGCAAUAGAUGUCGUUCAAUUGGUAAUAUUCAUUUUUGUCUUCUUCUAAUGCCUCUUAAGGGUAAAGUAAUCCAAAAGUAACUGAAAGUAAUCAGGUUACGUUACUGAGUUUGGGUCAUCCAACAGGUACGUUACUGAUUACAAUUUUGGACUGGUAACUAGUAACUGUAACAGAUUACAUUUAGAAAGUAACCUACCCAACCAUGGUAGCGAGCAAGUUAGAGAUAAGAUUGAUAAGAUCAAGUGAGAGAAUGAGACAUUGAGUGCUGAGAUUGGGGACUGAGGCUUAAGUGACUCAUUGAAAAGCCAUGGCUCAGGUGCUGAGAGCAGAGUGCUACGGAGUUGUGGGGUUGUUUCCCACAUGGGCCACAUCUACUGAGUAUGGCUUUGUAUAAAAAUGUGUUGCUAAGAUUUCUGUCUGUGAACUCGCGCAUGUGUGUGACCUGUUUCCAAGGUUCUAGAACACUGACUGCACAUGCACACAAAAGUAUGUCUGAGGGGGUUUAGACAAUUAGGACAUCAAUACUUAAUCUAGACUGUUUGUAACACAUCCACGUGACUGAGGAUAGUAUGUUCUACUACUGCCUGGAGAGAGAGGGAGGGGUGGAGGAGCAACAAAGGGAAAGAAGGUGAGAGAAAAAAAGUUGUUUUGGUUUUAGGGGAGGUAGACUAUUGACAGGUGCAUUUAAGAUAUAAUAGGGAAUUAGGGUUUACACAACCAAGAAUAAAAUGCCAUAAAGUGUCAUAUUUUAGGUGAUGCAAAUGUCCUCAUAAUUGGUAGCCUUAAAGAACACAGAUUUUAACCUCUGAGUCAUGCUAAUGAAUAUUCAUGGUCAAAUUGACAAUUUUGGGGGAAAUGUUUUGCUCCUCCCCGUCAUAGACCCUGUCUCUGCGGUGUCCUAUCGUCAAAGACAGGUUUCAUCUCUCCAGUGUUUAGAGAUCCAGGAGGCCACCGCUGGGCAGAUUGAUCACAGCGACAGAGCUUCUGAGUGGGGCUUAGCGGGC